GCUGCCUGCCCGGUUCUCCCACUGCUCUCCGGGCGACGAUCGGAGGAUGGAGCCCAGCUUUCCGGAGGCAUGAAACUCCGUCCUCUGUCGGCAGCUCCCCUCCACCGCGCGACGCCUUUGCUGAAAGGGAGGAUUUCAGGAGUCCGGGAGGUUCCCCCUUGAUCGCCGUCCAGAAAGACACUGUGUACUCCUGAACACUUGCUUCCAUCCAGAUCGGGCUGCGCAGAUAAUGAAGAAAAUGAGUAACAUCUAUGAAUCAGCAGCCAAUACUCUGGGAAUCUUUAGCAGCCCCUGCCUGACCAAGGUAGAAUUGAGAGUGGCCUGCAAAGGCAUCUCAGACAGGGAUGCCCUCUCCAAGCCAGAUCCCUGUGUCAUCCUGAAAAUGCAGUCCCAUGGACAAUGGUUUGAGGUUGACCGGACAGAAGUCAUCAGAACUUGCAUAAACCCCAUCUUCUCAAAGCUUUUCACAGUGGACUUUUAUUUUGAAGAGGUGCAGCGGCUACGAUUUGAAGUCCACGACAUCAGCAGCAAUCACAAUGGGCUGAAAGAAGCAGAUUUCCUGGGUGGCAUGGAAUGUACUCUGGGGCAGAUUGUUUCUCAGAGAAAACUCUCCAAAUCUUUAUUGAAACAUGGCAACACAGCAGGAAAAUCUUCCAUAACGGUGAUCGCUGAAGAAUUAUCUGGCAAUGAUGACUACGUUGAGCUUUCCUUUAGUGCACGGAAAUUAGAUGACAAGGAUUUCUUCAGCAAAUCUGAUCCCUUUCUGGAAAUCUUCCGAAUGAAUGAUGAUGCAACCCAACAGCUUGUUCACAGGACAGAGGUGGUGAUGAAUAACUUAAACCCAGCUUGGAAGGCAUUUAAGGUGUCUGUAAAUUCCCUUUGCAGUGGAGACCAAGAUCGCAGACUGAAGUGCAUAGUUUGGGACUGGGAUUCCAAUGGCAAGCAUGACUUUAUUGGAGAAUUUAGUUCAACUUUCAAGGAAAUGCGAGGAGCAAUGGAAGGAAGACAGGUUCAGUGGGAGUGUAUAAACCCCAAGUAUAAAGUAAAGAAGAAGAAUUACAAGAACUCUGGCAUCGUCAUUCUUAAUCUGUGCAAGAUUCACAAGAUGCAUUCAUUCUUAGACUACAUAAUGGGUGGCUGCCAAAUACAGUUUACAGUAA